AUGAGGCCCGCGAGAAGCUGGGCCCCGUUGGCAGUGACCGCGCUGGUCGCGACGGCUCUGCUGUUGAGGCCCAUCCACGCUGAUGCACCUAUCUCGGGCAGCUAUCUACCACCGUCAACCAGUUACGGCACGCCUAAUCUAGGAGGUGGCGGACCUUCCUCGACCUACGGAGCGCCCGGUGGAGGUGGCGGUGGCGGUGGGCCACCGUCCUCCAGCUACGGAGCACCUCCAUCUUCGAGCUACGGAGCACCCCCGUCUUCAAGCUAUGGGGCACCCCCGUCUUCGAGCUACGGGGCACCUCCGUCUUCAAGCUACGGAGCACCGUCCAGCGGCGGCGGACGCCCAUCUUCCUCGUAUGGCGCUCCUUCUAGCGGAGGCGGCGGAUUCGGCGGCGGUGGUUUUGGCGGUGGCGGCGGCGGCGGCGGCGGCGGCGGCGGCUUCGGCGGCGGUAGACCAUCCUCGACUUAUGGAGCGCCGUCGAGUGGAGGCGGCAGACCAUCGUCCACAUACGGAGCGCCUUCCGGCGGUGGCGGAGGUUUCGGCGGUGGCGGCGGCGGUUUCGGUGGCGGUGGCGGUUUUGGAGGUGGGGCACCCUCCUCGAGCUAUGGAGCGCCUUCCUCGACCUACAGCGCACCUUCCUCGAGCUAUGGGGCACCGCGUGGCGGCGGAGGCGGAGGCGGAGGCGGUGGCAGACCCUCGUCCAGCUAUGGAGCGCCCAGUUCCGGCGGCGGCGGCGGCGGCUUUGGAGGUGGCGGUGGUUUCGGAGGAGGUGGAUACUCCGGUGGUGGUGGUGGAGUGUCUUCAACUUACGGUGCACCCUCGGCAGGCGGUGGUAGCGGUGGAUAUUCCGGCGGUGGCGGCGGAUACUCUGGCGGUGCACCGUCCUCAACUUACGGUGCUCCUUCAGGAGGCGGUGGUAGUGGUGGAUAUUCCGGCGGUGGUGGCAGUUUCGGAGGCGGCUCCGGUGGCUACUCCGGAGGCGGCGGUGGCGGUUAUUCCGGAGGUGGCGGCGGCGGUUAUUCCGGCGGUGGCGGUGGCGGUGGCAGACCGUCGUCGUCUUACGGUGCUCCAAGCAGCGGCGGUGGCGGCGGACAAAGCUACGCCAGCAAUGGAGGCUACCAAUACUAAUCCAGACAUGUGUUCACCCGGCGAGACGAUCUCCGUGCUCAAUCACGUCGGCUUCCAUCAGUAUUUCCCGGAUUGGACGAUGCAAACUCGAUCUAUCACGAUGUCAAGACUCGUCAAUUCGAUUGAUCGCGGCUCGAUCGAUUACGUUCUAUCAGGAAACGGAUGUCGAUCCGAGAGGCUGGCUUUAAUCGAAAGAUGAUAGCCUUGGUGCCUACAAUUACGAACAAAUGUCCUGGACAUGAUCGCUGAUAACAUUGUGAAUAACCGGAGAAAAUCAAUGCUGAAGACAUCCCGUUGUUGUCGUCGAGCGUGUCCUUAUAACAAUCGCGCGGAGAUAUUUGAGGUCUUCCACGGGACCAUAUAUCUCUAUCCGGUAACCGACGGGAGAAGCGUGCGAGGACCGUUCGCCGCGCCGUGAAAGUUCGCGAAAUUCGCGCUAAAGAUUUAACAACGAUGGGUUCUCGGUCGGAAAAAUUGUGAGCGAAGGAAUAUUCGUCCUGACGGCAGGCGCGUUCCCGCGAACGGCCGAUAGAGAACAAGAUGUUUCUUUUCUUUUUUUUUCUUUCUUUAAUAUUAUUAUUACUUUUAUGUACCGGCUUCCAGGAAAGCGUCUGCUCAUGGAACGUUACUUCCGUCGAUGUCGAAGAAAAGUGAGGAAGAAAAAAAAGAAGAAGAAAAAAGAAGAAAAAAAAGAACGGAAAAACGAACGAGAAAACUCGAUUUUCCACACAUUCGGAGCCUGUAAC